AUGUCUGAGGAUGCAAAAGUAGAAGCACAGGAGCAGCUCAACAGAGUCCGCCUCAAAAAAUUCUACGAGAUGGCGUCACGCAAGUUCAACCCGGCAAUUCCUCGCGCUAUGGACGCAUUCCUCAAUGAAAAUGAUGAUCCAGUCUCCUUCAUUUUCCCUCUUCUUGAUCAGACAGCGGUUGAUGGCCCGAUACCACUGCAGGAACUACUUAUUCAGACCUUUGAGAGGUGGGAUGAGAUUUGUGAGAGGCGGGGGGGUGGAUGCAUGAUUCCGUGCCCGAUUAACUAUUCGUCGGGAGAGAUUUCAAGAUUCCGAGCGUUAGUUGAGGAAUAUGCAGUGGCUCAUGGCAAGUUUACCAGCCUUCUGGCACAGGUUGGAGGAGGGAAGGAUGGGUGGGUGUCAAAUGAGGAGUUUGAGAAGGCCAUGCACGUGUUUAACCAGCAUAGUGGUGAGCUGAAGCGGGUUCGGAAGAGGGUUCGGAAGAGGGUCGACGAGAUCUUGGCUGUUCUUUGA